CGAAGCACAAAGGGAUUGCUGGGCCCCUAUAAUAAAGAUUCAUCAGAUGAUUUUCUCCCAAGAUACUCAGAAAUUUCUCUGCCACACAACUCUUCACUUCAUGAUAUACACUGGAAAUUUGGAAUUACAUGGAUAGUAGGGAGCCCGGAAGAAAGUCUCUUUACCUACGACACUGGGAGAUCGUGGGCCACAUACUAUGACCCAUACUUUACCCCCAACUACAACUACUCUGCCCACCGCAACUCUACUGAUGUGGAGGAGGGAGCAGUGGAAGUGUGUGAGGGAGACAGAGAUUGUCUAUUCUAUGCAGCACUCACUGGAAGAGUGAACAGUGCUGAUGCCACUAAUGACCAGGCAAACCUCCAGAUCAGAGAGAUACUGGAGCUAAUGGUUCCAAUUGUGUGUGACUUUGGAUGUGAGAACGGGGCCUGUGUGUCCAACACAUGCUACUGUGGAGAGGGCUUUUCUGGACAGAGAUGUACUCAGAGAGUACUGUCAGAAUGUGAGAGGGAUCCCUGUGAAAAUGGAGGAACAUGCUACAGACAUGUGAGGGACCACUUCUGCUCCUGCCCUAAAGGAUAUGGUGGGACCUUCUGUCAGGACGGUGAUGAUGAAGAAAGACCAAGGAUUGGCUCACUCAUCGUACUAAUUGCAGGGAUCAUCUCUAUUACUGUAGUUGUUAGUGUCAUUACCACUGUCAUUUUCUGUAGGUAUCGUCACUUGUUUUAGAGUAUGGCAUGAAAACA